UCGGAGCCAAGCGAGCUCGAUCCUGAGCGGGGAGUUCUGCCGUACCAGUGCUCUGUACCCCAUCUUUUAUAAACAAUCUUGACACUCCUGCGCCAAAUCCAUUCUUCACCUCCUCACCACGGAAGACUUUUUAGUCAGACUCAUGGGGCAAUUUCAGUCUUCGACAAGCGAAGAGAACGCCAGCUCUUCGGCUGGAUCACCUGAUAAGAAACUUGAUUAUUACGAACUUUUACAGGUGAAUUGGGACGCAUCUGCAGAGGAAAUCAAAAAGGCGUACAGAAGAAAAGCCCUUGAGUUGCACCCGGACCGAAACUAUGGAAAUGUGGAAUCUGCUACAAAGCUUUUUGCAGAGGUCCAGUCUGCUUACGAAGUGCUUUCAGACCCUCAGGAGCGUUCGUGGUACGAUACUCAUCGAGAUGUCUUGCUAGGAAGCCAGGGUAGUUCUGGCAACUCUGGCAGUCCACAUAGUUCGCGCACGACUACUGCAGACGAUAUCUAUAGGAUCUUUUCUAGGUUCAGUCCACAGAUGGAAUUCUCAGACUCCUCAGAUGGCUUCUACGGUGGUCUUCGUGAGGUCUUCUCACGACUUGCCGCGGAAGAAGAGAUCGCUUGCCGUGGGGAGAAUGUGGAAAUCAUUUCUUAUCCGACGUUUGGGUGCCGGGGGGAUGAUUUCGAACGAGUUGUACGCCCAUUCUACGUUGCAUGGGGCGGCUUCUCAACAAAAAAGUCGUUUGCAUGGAAAGAUGUCUAUCGUUACUCAGAAGCUCCCGAUCGUCGUGUUCGUAGACUGAUGGAGAAGGAAAAUAAGCGCCUGAGGGAGGAAGGCAUCCGUGAAUUCAACGAUGCUGUUCGAUCACUCGUAGCUUUCGUCAAAAAGCGCGACCCGCGAUACAAAACAAGCACCCAAAGUGAGUCACAGCGCCAGGAAUUCCUCCGACAAUCUGCCGCCUCCCAAGCUGCGAAAUCAAGGGCAGCGAAUCAGGCUAAGCUGCGAGACCAUAUCACGCAAGACUGGGCAAAGUCAGAGGAAUUUGAAGAUGACGAGACAGUGUGUAGUACUGAGACAGAACUGGAAGUCUUCGAGUGUGUUGUGUGCCGCAAAAGCUUCAAGAGUUUGAAUCAGUUUGAGGCACACGAGCGAAGCAAAAAGCACGUCAAAGCUAUUAAGCAGCUUCAAAAAGAAAUGAGGAAUGAAAACAAGCAGCUGGGACUAGCCGGAGAUUCAUCAGAGUAUGAAGCUCAGGCUACUAUGACAUUUGUCCCGGAUGAUCAAGCUAUGCGUGUAUCGAAUGCCGACAGCACACCAUGCAGAUCCACGUCAGGCAAUACACUCGGCAAUGAUGAUAAUGAAGGUGACAUACCAGCACCAAACAAUGCCGGUGAGAGCCAGGGUCAACGCGAUUCUCACGAAAGCCUACGGGGAUAUAUCGACCAAAACUCAGAAAGUGAAAUUGACUAUGCAUCAAGAGAGGUUGUCGAGGGUCGACUCCAACUGACCGGUGAUUCAACGCAGGAUACGACAGAUGCGGCUGCUAGUCUGUCUUCAGAUUUUACGCAUCUAGAACUUGACCCCUCCAAGCCAGCCGUUCAGAAAUUGGGCAAGGCUAAACAAAAGCGCUUAAAAAAAGCGGAACAGGCAAAAGGACAGUCCCUAGGCACGCAGUGUACAACAUGCAGCGCUUCCUUUCCUUCACGGACCCAACUUUUUUCACAUCUAAAAGAGUCUGAUCACGCACAGGUGAAAGGGGUCACUCGGCAUAGAAAGAAAAGGGUUUAGAAAUUCUACUUUGGUUUCCCUUGGAAAUUUGCGCCUUCCAAGAGCUUAUAUAUCAACACCUGGCACUAAUCGUGGCCUUAUAUCAUAUACAUAUUUCAUUAUCAGAGAUUCAAUACCACUAUAUCGGAU